ACAUGAAGGUGUUCCUAACUGUUCUGGCUUUGGCCGUGGCCUCCGCCUCGGCCUACGAGAGCGUCAUCCGCCCCAAGGAUAUCCCCAAGGUGCCCCGCAUCGAGGGUCGCAUCACCAACGGCUACCCGGCGGAGGAGGGCAAGGCUCCCUACACCGUGGGCCUGGGCUUCAGCGGCGGCUGGUGGUGCGGUGGCUCCAUCAUCUCCAACGAGUGGGUGCUCACCGCUGCCCACUGCAUCGGCGGCGACUCCGUGACCGUCUACUUCGGAGCCACCUGGCGCACCAACGCCCAGUACACCCACUGGGUCGGAAGCGGAAACUUCAUUGCCCACGGAUCCGCUGACAUCGCCCUGAUCCGCAUCCCCCAUGUGGACUUCUGGCACAUGGUCAACAAGGUGGAGCUGCCCAGCUACAACGACCGGUACAACGACUACAACGAGUGGUGGGCCGUGGCCUGCGGAUGGGGCGGCACCUACGACGGCAGCCCCCUGCCCGACUACAUGCAGUGCGUCGACCUCCAGAUCAUCCACAACUCUGAGUGCGUCCAGUACUACGGGAGCGGCACCGUGGGCGACAACAUCGUCUGCGUCCGCGUCGUCGACGGCAAGGGCACCUGCGGCGGAGACUCCGGUGGCCCCCUGGUCACACACGACGGCUCCAAGCUCGUGGGAGUCACCAACUGGGUGUCGGGUGCUGGCUGCCAGGCCGGCCAUCCCGCUGGCUUCCAGCGCGUGACCUACCACCUGGACUGGAUCCGCGACCACACCGGCAUUGCUUACUACUAAACGUUGAAAAUCGAUUAAUAAAAUUUUUUAGAACACAA